GUUGAGGGAACCACCUCCUGCCUUCCCUCUGACUCACUCCAGGGAGGGGACGCUUAGUGUGCGGAAGUCGCUCACCCGCUCAGGCAAGUUUCGGGAAUAGACUUCUAGCUGAGAAUUUCAGGACUGACGCGCUAUAAGCAUUAAGUGACGCUUUUGUCGCAGCGGAGAGCAAGUGAACUGCAAAGAUGACUCUGGUGCUGCCAUAUUCUGGUCACAAGCGACUCUGGGAGCUGUUGGCAAUGUUGACCAUACUGGGAGCGCGGGUGGUGUGGGCGGAAGUAACGCUGGUACACGAGGGCGCCCUGGGAGGUGCUGCCUGGGGCUACAGUCUGCUCCCCUCCACCUUCCCCCUCACCUGGGACGAGGCGCGGGCCGCCUGUGAGGUGGUGCCGGGCUCUAUGCUUGCUAGAGUGGAGGAGUGGCAGGCGGAGGCAGCAGUGGAAGAAUACCUUAAGACGCUGCAGUUCACACAGCCCGUCUGGCUGGCCAACAGACAAACUCUACCAGAAGUACCACUUAGUUUAUCAUCCGUCAACUGGUCACUGUGUGUUACAACAACGAGAUCACCAACACAUCUCAGGCUGGAGGAUGAGCAACGGGAGAUGAACCACGUGGGAAGUGUGGGCGGCGGGCGUGCGGGUGUGAUGAGUGGCGACCUCAGCAUGGGUGGGGACGUGGGUGUGACCCUGAGGUGUGCUGUGUACAGGGUGAGCGUGGGCGUGGUGCAUGAGCUGUGUUCAGCCAACACUGUGUCCGCCGCCCUCUGUGUACAGAGAUUGUCUAGCCAACGUCCAUUGUCAGCUGAGUGUCCCCCCUCAGCCUACCGGCAGUGGCUCCUGGUGACAAGACAAACUGAGACUACCAAAUCUCAGGGGCUAGAUGAGACCAAAGUAAGCAUGGAGGGUCUGCAGCAGUGCCACCACCACCACCUGGGCCACACCACUUGCCAUCCUCAGAGAGGCUGGUUACACACUAUCUGCCCGCCAGAACCAGAACCAGAAACAUCACCACCAAAACAUAAUAAGAACUACAAAAAGUCACACAGAAAUCACCAUCAGCUAAGCCAUGGACAAAUGCGACCCUCAUACAAAUUAUCUCAUUUCUUUUGGGGGGUUAGUGACCACGUGGGUCAGGAUGACCACCAAGAGACCACUAAAGAGUUCCAUGCUGGUGAGUCCUUUUUACAUGAGAGCAAGAGAAUGAAGAGGAUGGCUACAACAAGUGAGGCUCAGACAAACUCAGAAGAAAAUUUAGGAUCUCAUAAGGCAGAGACAGCCUUACCCUCGCAAAUGAAUGAGAUGAGAGUUGCACCAAUGGCAAAACCAGAAAAUUUGAAUUUAGACCUGAUUGAGAGUAUUAUGCAAGAUUUUUCAGGCUUUACAAAAUCAAAGGUAAAUAAAAUUAAAGGCACAAAACAUACCCAAGGGAAUUCUAAAAUGACUCAGAAUGAUCCAGAAAUAGAUGGUCACAGAGCAGAUACACCACAUGUUCUGGGAGAAAUAACACAUCAAAACCUCCAUGAUAAAGAUGCCAUGGAAAAUUCUGGCAAAACAGAAGACAAUAAAAGUGAAGGAAAUGCCUCACCUAAGAUUGAUGGAAAACUUGCAGAAACCUCUGGCUCACAUACAAGUGAGAAGUCUAAGGGACAAACUUCAAAUGAAAAUGACUCGCAUAGAACUCAAGAACAAAUACAAGGUAAAGAAGAAAGAACUAAGAUAGAAGUAGGAGGUGAGGAAGAGACAGGACCAAACAUUUUAGUAGGAGUGGGACCGAUCUUUGUCGAAGAACCAGAGGACCUAAUCAUAGAAGCAGCUGAAGCAGAGGAACCUGUGGAUGAAACAAUGCCAGGAGAGGUAGUUGUUAUAACAAAACUGGAAAAUUUAAAAGAAGGUAGAGAAACGGUCACAACAAAAGGAAGCAAUACAACUACAGAAAAGAAACCCAUCAUAUUCCCAGUGCUACCAGAAUUUACCAAUCCUGAAGGUCUUGAGAGUGUUAGUUCUAAUGUUAUCAACACUGGGUCUUCAAAUGUGGAAAAUGCAGACAAAACAAUCAAAAACACAUCACUACCAAAGGGAGGCACACCACCAGUACCAUCAUCGAACACAUUACCAAUCAUUUUUCCAAGAGAUGACAGUCAACUACAACAAAAUAGUGACAAAACUAAAGCUGAAGAUGUAGCAGCUACUAAUGCUGCUAUAGUUAAAACCCCUCAAGACAACACAACAGAUCUGGCUGAAGGUGGUCUAGUCACAGCAGCUGGGGAACAGUCAGGAAUUGGUCAAUUAGGUAUCACAGUUGUGAUGCAAGAUAUGACAGUUAAACCUUCUAUAAAUAACAUAUCACCUCAACGUGUAAUGAAUGCCUCAGAUGAUAAGCCUGAGAAGGAUGACAUGGAAGCUCCUAAGAUGGAUGAUAUGAAAGCUCCUGAGAUGGGUGACAUGGAAGAAAAAUCUGAGAUGGGUGACACGGAAGAAAAAUCUGAGAUGGGUGACACGGAAGAAAAAUCUGAGUUCGGUGAUAUGGAAGAAAAAUCUGAGAUGGGUGACAUGGAAAAAAAAUCUGAGAUGGGUGACAUGGAAGAAAAAUCUGAGAUGGGUGACAUGGAAGAAAAAUCUGAGAUGGGAGACAUGGAAGAAAAAUCUGAGAUGGGUGAGAUGGAUGACAUGGAAGAAAAAUCUGAGAUGGGUGACAUGGAAGAAAAAUCUGAGAAGGGUGAGAUGGAAGAAAAAUCUGAGAUGGGUGAGAUGGAAGAAAAAUCUGAUAUGGGUGACAUGGAAGAAGAGCCAGAGAUAGAUGGCAUAAUGGGUGACAUGGCAGGAAAGAGAGAAAUGGAUGAAACAGCAAAAGUUCACAAUAAGGAUAGUGCCUCAGACAUGGGGGAGAAAACUAAUACAGAUGACGGAAUAACUGGUCCGCACACAGAUAAGCACGUUGGCAACUUCAUGCCAGAAGGUACUAUGAAAGAAACUAGCAGUUCUACAGGGGAACAGAUUUCUAACAAAAAAACUCCUUAUACAUCUGACAGCGAGGAAGAUAUCAAUUCUGAGGAAGAAAGUAAACAAAGUAUGAGGCAUACAAACAAUUCAAGCGGACAAGGCACACAAGGUCUACUCAGUCAGAUAUUCAGAGGUAUAUUUGGUUAAGUUCACUGCUUGAUUCCUCUGCAAACACCUAUUCCAUCACCACACUCACAUAUCAAGAUUAAAGUCAUACUGUUUAAUACAUUAAAAACUGAAAGGAUAUACUGUAUAAAGUUAUAACUUAUUUUAAUGCCAAGUGUAAAAGGGCUAAUAUAUAUAUAUAUAUAUAUAUAUA